UCGUUCCUCCUGGUACAAAGUCAAAUCGACGCGCGGAUCAAAAACAACACAGAACACGACGAUGUUUUGUUUUUAACUCUAAGGUCUUUGCCCUUGAUUCUGUAAACGUGUAUGGUAGCUAGCGUGUGUACUACAGACAGAAAAAUACUAUAUUGUAUGUGUUUGGAUGGACCACAUCACUUGCAUGCUGGUUGUAGUUACCAUCUCAGUUUUUGACAGCUCGUUCUAGUCCAUGCUACCAGGGCUUAGCAUUAACAUCAGGCAUUUGAUAUAGCUAGCCUUAGUCGCCUCACAAGUACCGAUUAUGAAAGUGAAGACAUUGCUGGCAUACAAAAAUGUAUAUUAAAUAACGUUGGUAUUUAUCUAGUUUUUUGUCAUCGGGUAUAUAUCUCCCACAUUUACACCGAAUUGGGUGGGUGUAGUAGCACUAGCCAAGGAAGCUAGAAUAGCUAGCGUCGCGAACGUCGGUCGAAGGCUACUCGUGCGUUUUAUCAGUAGUUCAGCUCAAAUAUUGUAAAAAACGAAAGUGCUGUCAUCAGCAUGAGGUUUUGACUUGAGACAAAGCCAACUGUAAACCACUUAAGUUUGAAUUCCCGGGUAUGGUCUCACUUUGGCGUAUCAUGAACACAUCAUUGGGGAGAAAUGGCAUGAUAGGACUGGGUGUUGGAGCCACAGCAGGUGUAGGCUUGAUAGCAUUUAUAAUCUACAAAGAAGUGACGAGAAGAAGAUCUCAAUGCUUGCAACUUCAGACCAGCCCUCUUUGCCAGGCGACGGACAUCACUGAUCCAGAUGCUCUCCUCCUUGAACCGCUUAAUGCACAAGAGGCGGCUGCCCAGCAGCAGGCCCUGGCAGCGGUGGAGGCGGUGGUGCAGGGCCUUUCCCCAGGGCAGCAGGCGGAGCUGAGGAACCGCCUGGACGAGGUGCUGACCUGCGUGGCCUCUCUCCGCGGCGAGGUGGCCGAGCUCCGCGGCGGCCUGCAGGACAUCGCCCAGCAGAUCAUCCAGGAUGUCAAAAAGGGCGUGGAGGAGAGCCAGCGGGCGCGGAGGAGACGCCAUAUCAUCCACAGGGAGCGCACUGACUCCAUGAGCUCCAGUUCCAUCUACUUCACCGCCAGCCAGGGAACAGCCAGUCUGUAUGCAGGGGACACCAGCGAGGGAGGGUACUCAACCGCUAACGCCGAGUCUGACUACACGGACCGAGACACGGACAGAGAGACCGACAGGGAAGGAGAGAUAGAGCCAGAGCAGGAGUCGGAGGACGAGGACAAGAGCUGUGCCACGGUCCUUACUCUACGCCAGGACGAUUCUCAGGAAGAGGGGGAGGAGGAGGUGGAGGAGGAGGAGGAGGAACCGAGGACACAGCAAGAGGAGGAGAGGAAGGAGUUUGUGGCAGAGGUGCCCAGCGGGGAGUUGGCCCUGCUCCUGGCUCAGAGCGACAUCCUCCAUACAGGAGAUGCCAGCCUGAAAGCAGAGGGCUUCCACCUCCUACUUGCCAACAAAGCACAGUAUGGCAACAGCAGGGAGUUUUUAUGGCGACUAGCCCGCGCCUACAGCGACAUGUGCGACGCCACAGAGGACAAACAAGAGAGGAAGUCAUAUGCAGAGCAAGGACGGGAGGAGGCCGAGGUUGCUCUGAAGAAGAAUGGCCUGAACGCAGAGUGCCACAAGUGGUUUGCUGUCCUCACAGGACUUACCUCCCAGUACGAGGGCAUGCAUGGCAAACUAAAAAGCAGCCACAUUCUCAAGGAACAUCUAGACAGAGCGAUCGCCCUCAGGGACGAUGAUCCCCUGUGCUUCUACCUACUUGGGCGCUGGUGUUAUGAGGUUUCCUCUCUCGGCUGGUUGGAGAAGAAGGCUGCAGCUGCCUUGUAUGAAAGGCCACCCACAUCAACUCUCCAUGAAGCAUUGGAAAACUUCCUCAAGGCUGAGGAGCUGAACCCAGGAUUCUCUAAGACAGUGAGACUUUACAUUGCAAAGUGUCACAACGAGCUUGGUAAUGGUUCUGAGGCAAGGAAUUGGGCAAGUCUGGCUUUAAACAUGCCUAGCACUUCUAAUGAGGAGGAUGACACCACAAAACUAGAGGCAGAGCUUAGAGUCUUGAUUGACAAACCAAAUGACCUCCCGCUCUCCAGUGUUGAAAAAUAGGCAAGGACACAGAAGAUGUCCCUGAUUGAAUAACAAAUCCCAGCUCGUCAGCUUCAUCAGGUGUUCAUCUUGUUUUUCAGGAAGAUUUUUGUUAUGUCACUGCAAUGAGACGAAUUGAGAUUAUAUACAGUGUACUGUAUGUAUGAUUAUUCCAGGUCAAAGUCAGAACAACAGAAAUACUCUUGUUUGUUCUAUCACUGUAAUUAAGCAUGUGAAGUAUUUUGCAAGUGCUUCUGACUAAAUGUAAAUUGAGUGGAAAUAAUUUAAAUACUCUCAACUUUGCUUUGUAUUUCCUAUAUGUAGAUGUGAAGUCAGACAACCUGUUUUUAAUGUUACAAAUUUUUUGAUACAGUAACAAAAAAGUAUGAAAAUCACUGUUCUAAUUCAUCAUAUUAAACAAAGACAAUAAUCAAUAUAUUUUCAGGCUUUAAUGUAGUAAUAAAGUGUAGCUCUUGAUCAAACUCAAUCCCAAGCACAGUCUUGUGUCCAAUGGCAUUUUUUGUAUAUUUAACUUUGCAGUUUCGACAAAAGGGGUUUACUGAGGUCACAUCUAUCUUAUUUCUUGAGUGUUUGCCUUUUUGCCUUUAUUUUUACAUAGAUUUAUUUAUUUCUAUUGUACUUAGUAAUUUAUUUAGAAAAUGCUUUCACUGUAGUAAGGAUAGGGAAUGUGUGCACUAAACUGUUAAAUUAUGCAUCACAUGUUUUGUGUUCUCAAGUCCUUUUUGUUGAAUUUCAAGAUGUCAUUUAUUCUGGAAGACAGUAAUAUACAUUCCAGUUGUCCUUUAAAAUGGAUUCCAUUCAGAAAAAGCCUUGGUGAGACGGUUCGGGUUAGUUUAGGAUGGAAGAAUAUAUUGGAAAUUAUUCUGGGAUACUCAAAUAUUGAACUUGUCAAAUGUGUUAAAUAAACAUAUCUUCUGUGGGAUCAGAAUGUUUGAUUUUAUCGUACGGG